AUGCUUCCGACGCUCGCGCCCCGGGUGGUGCGCCGCGCGCUGAGCACGAGCGUGCCUGCGCGUGCGCAAGAGCGCAAGAACGACCGGAAUAGCGGGCGCCGGCGCCUGUCGCGCCGGCCGCUCCCGCCGUUUAAAGAGUGGGUGCGCAACGAGGGCGAGCAAUACCGCUAUCCCACGCCCCAAAAAGGGCCGCACUGGGUCGCGAACACGCCGUUCCCAUUGAACCCCUCGUUCCGCCCCCCGCCGCCGGUGCACCAGUCGGUGCGCGACGACAUGUGGCGCCUGCACACCGAGUCGCCCAGCGAGUGGACCGUCCGCUCGCUCGCGGACAAGUUCCGCGUGAGUCUGCCGCGUGCCGAGGCGAUUCUGCGCCUCAAGGCGCUCGAGGAGGAGAUGAGUAACGAGGGCAAGCCGCUCCAGACCGAGCUGCAGCGCAACAUGGAGCGCCUGCUCGGCUCGCGCCCGUCGACGGCGAUCGACCUGCACGUCGUGCCGACGACGAGUCCCCACGCGCCGCGCGGUGCGCCGUACGAAGAGUACAGCGAGUCGGCGAACCUCGCCAAGAUCCGCUCGCCGCUCGCCGCGGCGAUCAAGCGUGCGAACGAGGCGCACAAGCAGGCCAUGGCCCAGAUGCCUACCGGCGGGCCGGAUACCAAGGGCGCGGCCGAGCGCGUGGUCGCCGCCGCGCACCCCGACCGUGCCCCGCUCAAGAUCAAGGCGGUGGGCGCAGAGUCGUACCGCGGCGUCGGCACCGUCAAACGCAACCAAAAGCGGGCGGCGCACCGCGCGCAGCAGCGCGCACGCCGCGCGGGCCGGGAAAAAACUUCUCCGUAG